CGGUGACGAGAGGCGAGUAAACGGUUGAUUUUAAAACGAUCCCGCGUGCCGUUAAGUUUCGACCAAGAUGAGCAACGACCCAGCGAAAGGCUCGCAACAGAUUCAACCCGAUGACCUGCAGUUUUUGACACAACCUACGUGCAUACGUUAUUAACGCGUGGUCCGUGGAGGCUGUGUCGCAUGAAUAUGAAUUGCCGGCACGCUAAUGCAACGCCGUGAGGAACGUAUGUCCUUGUCGUGAUUAGAUAAUUUAUGGGAAGUCUGUGUCCCGUCACGUGGCUGCUUGCUACUGGCACACUAAAAAGCCUGGGCCACUGGUGAUCUCUGUUUUUGUUGCACAUCACUGACGUGGCCUGAAAUUCUGAACAGAGGGUUGUUCUACACGGGCACCAGCUUGUGAAGAAGCAAAGGGAGUUCAGACAAAAGACCCGGCUCGACUACAAGAGGGUUCUCGUAUAAAAACCUCGACGAAGGGGUUGAAUUGAAAUCGAGCGCGUUUAGUUAGAUCUUCAAUAUCGUAGUACACAUUUUUCGGGGUCGUGAAACGCGCUGGUGCAAAGGAAAAAUGUGUUCUUCGUCGACAAUGAGGGCGUGUACGAGUUCAAAGGACUAUGAAACAUAAAACGCGUAAGCUAAAAUUGACACGUAUACGAUAAUUUUAUCAGGAAUAUUCAGAAAGGAAUACGAGAUUUUAUGCAACGCGGCACACGCGACGGUGAUAAAGGACGGGGGUUGAAGAGGUGCUAAUUUUAAAAGUUUCCCUUUGGCCACGAGAACGCGACGAUCCGAUAAUGACACGGACAAUUUAACCGCGAACGUUGAAACGAACGAAAACAGGUGCUCGUUCACGGAUCAUUAACCCUGUUCGUUUCUAUCUGGACGAAAUUAUCUUGAGAGGUGGUUGUUUCUUGCGGGACUAAUUGUUUGCGGGCGAUUCGUCUAAAUCGUAUCUCGAGCGAAGUUCGUGUGCUUUUUCUACAGUUUGAAGUAUCCUUAAUUGCGAAUAAUUGAUCGUACGAAAAUGAGUUAAAGGGUAGGUUGAAAAUUAACGUUGAAUCGUGACAGAUUAUCGCCGCCGAGGGGUGGUUGUGUGUUCGUCCGGGAAAAGAACGAGGAAAAUUAAAGACACGGCGGAACGGUGCACAAAAGAAAAAAGAGACAGUAGAGUGAAACGCCGGUGAAGAUGAUAUUAAGGCAAAGAACUGAUUGAAAUGAGGGAAAUGGCGAUUGUUGGGGCUGUUAGUGAAAUGAGUGCCGCGCGUUUGAGUGUGUGGUUCGGCGCUGUUCUCUUCGUGGCUGUGACACUCGUCCGCUCUCAAGUCAUAUGGACACCGAUCUACGUUGGCACAUACAGUCAAGUGGAUCUUUGGACACAAACGACCGAGGGUUGCUCCUGCAGUUUUAAUUCGUCCAGCAACGAAUGCGCUUGUUGCGUCCCGUCAGGAGGAUGCAGUUGCGGCGCUGCAUCGCCGGACAGAUGCGCUCAGUGCGGCUUAGAGCAACAUUGCGCCAACAUGUGUAAUAUAACUUUGGACAGCAGACAGUUGUUCAGCAAAUCGGGUCGUGGUUUCGGACAAAUAAAGUCGCCGUCCCUUGAAGGACCAUCGAGAUGUACCUACAGAUUCGUACCUGACACUGGCCAACGAGUCGAGCUACAGAUAUACCGAUUAAUCUCCAUUGGACGUCACAAUGGCACAGCGUGCGAGGGUGGUUGGCUUCAGCUCGAAGGCGGUGCUCGAGUCUGCGGUCGCAACGAACGUUUUGAUCGACCGGUCGUGAUGUUCUCCGACAAACCGAUCCCGAUUCUCCACAUGCAGAUAAACGAAAACACCAGGAGGUCUCAGUUUCUGGCGUAUUUCAGUUUCUCCUCCAAAGCAAGCUUAUCCGUUGGCUGGCCUGUAAAAGGUGGAGAUCCUGUAAAUAACACUGAAUGUGACUGGGUUUACGAGGACACUGAUUGUCACGACGGAUGCGUAUUAGCCAGUCCCGGAUAUCCUGGCCAAUAUCCUUCGAACAUCCGUUGUAGGUACUUAAUUACUUCCGGCCCGCGAAUGUCCAUCGCGAUUAACUUCACCAACGUGUUUCUCCCUUACAAUCACUGCACCAGCAACUAUAUCGCCGUGUAUUCAGGACCAACAACAUCGAGUCCUCUUUUAAAGAUGCUCUGCAGCAAAGAGAAAACUUCGUUGACUUACAAUGGACAGAAUCUGCUGGUCGAGUUCAGAUCCGGUCCUGAACUACCCCCCUUCUCUUACAAUGGUUUCGUCGCAAGUUUGAAUUUCAUAGAAAUCACGACUGAGGCACCGACAACGGUAACCACAGAAAAUGUUAAUAAAAGUGUGGACACGACCAAGUCGAUCAGCAGUGUUGGCUACAACGUACGAUAUAGUAACCGGGAUCUUCACGAUCAUCGCAAGGACCAGGGGUCGACGUCGAGCAGUUGCGACUUCGAGGUCAGCGGUGAGAAAGUACGUGCUGGUCAUCAUGACACGAGAGGAAAGCUGAAAUCUACCACGUGUCGACUAGUGCUACGUGGGCGUGCUUAUGACACUGGACACGUUUCACUAACCAGCUACAAUCUUAGCGCUCAAACGUGCCAAUCAUCGAUAGAAAUAUUCGACGGCCUCCCAGAUGGAGGGAUGCUCGGCACCGUGAAAUCUCUCGAGAGAAUUUGCAGCCCUGCGCAGAGUCUUCCACGGGAAUUCGUCCAACAAGAUACGUACGUUGAGCCGAAAAGGUACUCGUCUAAUGGCCGAGAUAUGACGGUCGUUCUGAGACGAGCUUCAAAUAGCCCCACCGACGAGGAAUAUAUGGACGUCUCUUAUUACUUCCACGACGAACGAGAGGGUGGCACUCAACAACCGGCCAGCGUGUGCGACGUCGAAUAUUACGGAUUGACGUCACCGGUGAAGGGUUCCGUAGUGCAUCCGGAACCUCACCGAUUAUUCGCGAUGGAGGGGCCUAUAAAAUGCAGGCAGCAUUUCAUUCCAGCGGCUAAUCAGUCGGUCAUCAUUCGCGUGGAGAGCAGCUCGAAACAGAGCCCGAACAAUCCUUGCGAAACCAAGUGUGGAGACAGUGGCUGUCACUGCGUCAGCAACAAGUCCCUGGAGAACAUGGACCACCUUUUGCUCGUCUCUGAAACCGGCCACAUCGUCACCUGUCUCUGCGGAAAUUAUCAGGAUUGGCUUCCUGUUGGAAUUCGUAGCUGGACACCGGUGUACAUCGAAUGGUCGAGGUCCUCGAAGGCAGGCCUCAAUUUCCGUGCAGCUUACGAGUUUAUCAAGGACACUUACUGCGGCGACCAUACAACGACCAAACCGGAAGGAGAGGUCAAUGGUGGUGACCUGGCCAGUAGUGGUUUAAAGCUCAAUCAGUAUUAUCAGCAAAAGUGCACGUGGAUCCUGGACUCGUUGACGGAUCGACAACUCACCAUUGAAGUGAAAUCCACUCAAAGCCGUCCUUGCACUGCCUGGAAUCUGACGAUACACGAGUACAGUAAGAACGGCGAUCCAGCGGGACCGAGAUUGCACACAUUCUGCUCGAGGGACACGCACAAAAAUUUCACUCUGCCUUGGAAAACGAACACCGUGGUGGUUAGAUUGCAAGCUUUAGGAAGAACUGCGCCAGAAUAUACAAUGAAAUGGAGGAGCCAAUCAGUUAUCGCGAACACUCACAAGAGUGGACCAUCGCCAGCUCCGAACCACGUGCUCGAUUCCUCGACCGGAAGUGGUCCAGGAGAGACAAGAAUCCUAAUUCUCUUCACGAUACUCCUCGCUUACGCCGGUUGUUGAGUAUACGAGCUCAACAUACCGUGUCCAUACACGUUCCUGUUGAAUAAAAAACAAACUAUAAAAAUGAGCCUAAGUUUUUCGUUAUGUGUGUAUAUACAUCUGUCAUUUAAUUAUCAAUGAUGCUCGUAUUUCAAUGAUAUUAUUUGAAUUUUCUUUAAAACCAAAAGAUGAGAUUCAUAUUAUCAUAAAAUGUAAUCAUUCUAAAAAUUAUGAAGUCUCUUUACUGUAGUGUUUUUAUCAUUAAUUAAGAAUCAUUAUUGAAAAAUAAUUUAAAAAUACUGUGAUUUGUUAAUAAUAGUUCGUUACUGCAAAAUUAAACACGAGCAUCAUGUGUUGAUCGAUAAAUGAAAGAAUUCCAAAACGAUUUAAUCGAAUUUUCUAAAAUAUUUUUCCGAAAUUCGAAAUUUUAGUGCAAUAAACACGGUGACAAUUGACACCUCUACAGGAACGUAAUCGAAAAAUAAUUAAUGGUACGAAAUCGAAUUUUGGAAUUCAGCAAUCUAGUCGAAUUAUAUAUAACUAUAUAUAUAAAGGAAAUAAGAGAUAUACAGAUCAGAGAAAAGAGAAAUAUAUAUAUAUAUAUUAUACAUAUAUAUAUUGAAAAUCACUUGGUGUAUACCACUCGUUUUACCUGUAAGAGUCUAAUAGAUCAUGUAAAUAUUAUACAUACAUAUAUACAUAAAUUUAUAUGCAGAAUGGAACGUCUGCAAAGAAGCAAAUUGAACAAAAUUCCUCUUGAUCAUUAAAAAUAUAAAUCCCUUUAAUAGCUUUAAAAUUUCUUUAAAUAAAUUUACUUUAAACCGUUCUAAUUAGUUUUCUAUCAAAUUUUAGUAGAUGUCCUAUAACUUUUGAGCAGGGAUGCUGAAAUUAUACUAAAAUUUGCUUCUUUAUGACGUUCCUUUCUGCAGAUAGAAAUAUACAUAUAACAAAUGUAUUAAUUGAAAGGAGAAAAAACAACAGAAAAAACGCGAUGCACGGAUUUGAAGUAGCGAAAAACCACGCGUCACCUCUCUCACGCAAAAAUGCCAAAGUAAACGUGUAAGAAAUUCUAUAUUAUAGAACCUUGUACAUACGUGGUAGCACAGGUAGAAUUUGUACAGAGUAUCACUACGUUAAGAUAUUGAUAUUAUUGUAAAUUACGCGAUAAUCGAAUAUAACGUGGCGCGAUUCGAGACAGAUUGUAUUUUAACGAACGAGCUUCGUGUGCCCAAGGCACAUCUCGAUUAUUUGUUAACGCGUUUUUUCGGAAGUUCAUCGAAGUCCAUUUUUUUUCUUAUUUAUAUCCAUAUCUCAUCAUUUAUUUUCUCAAAUUGCUUCGGUGGUAUUAAAGAUUUUCUAUUGAUAUAUUAAUAUUUGCAUUAUUAUUAAAAUUUCUAUUAUUUAAAUCUAUUUAAUUCGUUUAGCUAAUGUCAUAUAACUAUAAUUAAAAUUGACACCCUAACUGUUAUACAUGAAUUUAUAAAUUCAAUUAUCUUCUAUGAUAAUCGAUCGACUUCCGGGAACGCGAUUGAUUGUUAGAGUAAGCUGGAAAUAAAUGCUAGAAUGUGAAUGUUUAUUAUACGUAUCGGAUUAAAAAGGAAUAUUAAACUAAUGACAAACAAGAGCAUGAUUGAAUUAAAAAGAAAGAUCAUCAAGCGGUGUGACAAGUUUCCAUCAAUUUUCAGUAAGUUUUAUAAAACAUUCUUUGUGCAAUAUUAAUUAAGAACAAAAUGCUAUAUACCAAAGCCAUAGUUUUAAACGUAUGAAGAAGUUUUAGUUUUUUUUUUAAGAAUAAAAUAAUAUAUCAGAUUUAGUAAUAUAAUAUGAAAAUAAAGAGAUACUUAAAAAGGAGAUUAAAACUUUUACAUACCUCUAAUAUUUAUGUUGUUAAUUAUUUUACAUUCUGAUUUUAUCUGACAAUACGGAAUUUUGCAAGAGGACUUAUGUGUUAAUGGCUAUCAAAAUACGUCAUUAACACUAAUUUAAUUAUUAAUAUCAUUAUAUAUUUAAAAAAAAAAAAUACUUUUAACCACCGAUAUGUUGUUCAAUCUUUUUUGAAUAAUAGAUAUUAAAUAUUGAUUACAGAACAAAAUUAAUUAGAUGUCGAAUAUUUUUUCUUUUAAACAGAAAAUCGAUAAUGAUCGAACGAUUGAUAUAAAGAAUCGAAGUCUAACUGUUGACGCUAAAAUAAAGAUAUUAAGAUUUGUAUAAUAAAAUGAACAAGUUCGAAAAGUGAUGUUCAGGAGUCUCUUUUCUGCAACCUCGUCGAAACAGAGAUGAAAGUCACAGUGUAAUUAAUCGACAGUGUACUAAAAAGGAGAUGACAUAUUCUACAAAAAAUAAUGAACAAUUAAAGAGACGCACAUCCUUUAAUAAAUGUAACUAAUGUCGGCCAUGCAACAGAGACAUGUGAUUUCAGUGACUUGUGUUUUAAAUCGGUGAGCGAUAUUUCUUGAGAAAAAUUGCGCUGGUCAUUUUAAAUAUAUACCAGAUGGAUCAAUAAUUAUUAGUACUUCAAUUUAAUUAUAAAAAAUUCUGAAAAAUUGUUAAAUAAAGAUUGAUAAUGGUAUCUAUUUUUGUAAGAAAUCAGUUCAAUAAACCGGAAAUCUUGGAGUAAAGUCUCUAUUUAUUAUUUAUUGGUGAACUCAAAUUUAAAGAAAACAGAAAAAUGAAGUGCAGAUGGAACUGUUCGUACAACAAAUAAUUUUGAAAAUAAUUAGAGUACUGAUAAUUAGUGAUCCAAUAACUAUAUUGUAUAAGAUUAUAUAAAAAUCGUUUUCGAAUGGAGAACAAAAAUAAUAUAAUUACAACUCAAUGAAGGUACACGAUUAUUUAGAAAAACAUAAAUCUAUCACAUUCUCACAACGAUUGUAAUGCGAUUUGUUUCUUAAACAAAUGUACCGAUUUUGCACAAGACACGUCUACCUUACGAUGAAAAGAUACAUGUUACAUGUAUGUACAGUAUCAAUCAUAGUGUCCGUUCGUCUAGUGAAAAAGCACUGACCAUGGAGUCCAAG